AGGUUCAGAGGGCAGAUACCACCAAAAGUUUCAGUCUCGGGUCCAGGCCGCGAUUCCAGAGAAGUUUUUUUGCUGUUCUCCUAGAUCCUGCUGUCCGUCCAAGGCCGGCUGAAGGGCCAAGGCUACACAUCAUGAGCUAUCUAGUACUAAGUUUCAAGUGUACGUGGCUAUAAAAGCAUUGAGUCUAAAAUAAAUGGAGAACUACCUUCUGUGUGGUGAGCUCCAGUCCCAAGAGGAGGGUGUCUCUGCCUGGCCCACCCCGGUCAGCCUCGUGUACAAGGGACGGAGGAAGGGAAGUGUGCAGUUUGUGGGGAUAGGGAAAUACGACAAGCAAGACAAGAAAUACAUCGAGAAUGGAGUACAGCUGAUGCAUUCUUUGGAUCACGAGAACGUGCUCAAGUUCAGUGAAUGGUACGAGACUCCACAGCACAUCUGGGUCAUCACAGAGCUGGCCAUCGGAGGCACCCUCUCUCACAUACUGCACCAAGAUGGCUGCAUUCCCAGCCCUAAUAUCCACGACUUUGUCCGGGACAUUGCAGCUGGACUGACCUACAUUCACUCCAGGGGGGUGCUCUAUUGUGACCUGCAGCCCUCCAAGAUUGUACUGGAUGGCCGUCAGCUACUGAAACUCAGCGACUUCACGCUAGCCCAGACAAUGGCUGACUGCCAUAACCAUUACAACCUCACGUCACUUGUAAACACAUUACUGACGCCCUCGGGAAAAGACCACCCUCUAAAAUACGCCCCCUCACCAUUCUACGCUGCUCCUGAGUUGUUUGUUGAUGGUGGACAGUUUUCAACAGCCAGUGACCUGUGGUCUCUAGGCUGCAUCGUGUAUGAGCUGAGUCUAGGUUGCAAACCAUUUGAUAGCAAUGACCCUGACCUGCUACUCCAGUCUAUCUCGUGCAUACAACCAAACGCUGUGGUACAGUCUCCAGAAACAGCUCAACUAUUAUCAAACCUCCUCACAGGGGAACCUAGUCAUCGGACUACACCGCCUCAGUAUACAUGACUCUUCUAUGUGUUCAUUGCUUCAUCGCUUUCAAUGUGCGUAUGAAUCUUCCUUAAGAGCAUUUUAUCACUUACUAAAUUUGUCUAUUUUGAUCCACAGUUUGUUACAUGGUAUUUAGUUAUGAACAUGCUAAACUUGAUAAAAUGAUAAUUGACAUAUUGGGGUAUCCCCUUAUAAACCCACACAGUUGGUAAAUUAAUAUGACCACCAUUGUAGUACUGAUGUCCCUAGUAGCUAUUUGCUACACUCAGGAACUUGUUGUUGAAGACAGACCUCUCAACAUUCUCCUGCUUAAUGGCUUGUUUGCUGGCCACCUGUUCCCACUGGUCAGCCUGGGUGAAGAGCUAGUCAGUAGGGGCCACAAUGUCUCCCUCUGCUCCACUGUCAUGGAGGGAUCAAAAUUGCUCCCAAAUCUACCAGAAAGUGUGGGAAUAAAGUUCCUAAAUGCUGGUUUGGAUGUUAUUACACUGGAAGAGUUUGAAGCACAAACCAGGAACCAAAAGGACGGACCUGGAGGUGCUGCAGUUGCUGACUUUGCUACAGUGCUCAUCAAUCGACUGUAAAGAUUUUAAACAAAUUGGAAACUUACGGAAUUGAACGUUUUGAUAUGAUCGUAUGCGAUUUCUCUGUUAUACAUAUCGGACUACACUAUGCCAUCUUGGGCAGGAAAGUCAUUGCGUUCAGCUCCAUGCUUCCCCCCUACCCUGCUAUAGAAUCCCCCUGGCCUCUUCCAUUCACACUUAGCGGAGGCCAAUCAGACGAUUUGAGCUUCUUAGAACGUCUACAAAACUCGAUACUAGCACCUUUGCUCAUCCCAGCAUGGAACUAUCUAUUCUGGAUCUUCUGCAAAGGCGACGAGAGAUUGGAAACAACUCUAAAUGGUAUUAACUUUAUGCGAUAUCCUGGGAUUAAUAUUCCCCAUCUGAUAACAUCUGUAAUUGGGUUCGAUACACCUGCACUUCAAACUCCCCUCAGGCAUUACGUAGGACCUAUGGUGAAGAAAAGAACGGACAAAUUAGCAGAGGAUCUGGAGGAAUGGCUUAGUAACAAGAGAGAGAGAUCUGUUAUCUAUAUCAGCAUGGGUACCACUGGCUAUGUAUCCGGGGAUGUUGCUAGGACAAUCAUCGAAAGUGUGAUGGCAACGAAAUUUGAUGCAGUUUGGGCCCUGAGAGACAACAAUAGAGGGUCUAUAGAAGGUGUUGAAAUUGAUGACAAUCGAAUAUUUAUAUCGGGAUGGGUGCCACAGCAGACGAUACUCGCGCAUGCAUCGAUCCGAUUGUGUAUUCUCCAUUGUGGACUGAAUAGUGUGCAGGAGAGCCUAUACAAUGGCCUGCCUGUUGUGUGCCUGCCUCAUGCCUUCGAUCAUUUCGCGACUGGUGGGACCAUUCGUAAUAUUCGUGUGGGAAUAUCCAUGUACAGUUUUUUCGAUAGCAUUCUUGGGCAUACAGACGUAUCAAUAAAGGAUUUAACAAAUGCAAUCACGACAGUUUCAAGUGAUGGGUAUGUAGCAAAUGCUAGGAGGGUUUCACUCGUGUACAAGUUUGCUGGAGGAGCAGAGACAGCUGCAGGCCUGGUGGAGUACUAUACUGAUGUUGGGUACGAUCACCUCAUACCAGCCUUUGCAAGAUAUCAGUGGAGCUGGAUACAGUAUCGUAAUCUCGAUGUGUGUGCUGUUCUGUUUAGUAUUUUAGCUGUGUUUAUGUUUCUGUCGUACAAGUGCUUGUAUAGUUGUGUCUGUGUGAAAGUAUGUAGAAAGUGAUUUG